AUGUCUCUUACUUACGGUUUGGUCGCACGCGGCCAUAUUAUAUUAGCAGAGCACACAAACGGCUCUGGAGAUUUUACUCAAGUUACUCAAGCAAUCCUUGAAAAGAUUCCACCAAAUAAUUCUAAGCUAACAUACGUUUAUGACAGAUACUUAUUCCACUACAUUUGCGAAGAUGGACUUACAUACAUGUGUAUGGCAGAUGACAGCUUUGGUCGACGGGUUCCCUUUGCCUUUUUGCAGGACAUUAAGGAACGGUUUUUAAACACCUAUUCUAAGGAAAGAAUUGAUGAGGCAACAACUUAUGGCCUAAACGAAUUCUCUAAAGUUCUUGCAAAACAAAUGGAUUAUUUUUCAACUAAUCCGGAAGCUGACAAGCUUAAAAAAGUACAUGGAGAAAUCGAGCAAGUUAAAGUUGUUAUGGUUGAUAAUAUUGAACGUGUCCUAGAACGUGGAGAAAGAAUAGACUUAUUGGUAGACAAGACGGACAAUCUUAACCAACAAGCAUUCGCAUUCAAAAAACGAAGCACCGCUUUAAGGGAUUCGUCACCUUAG